AUGCCGACGCCGAGCGACAAUACCCAUACUCCGCCGUCGACCGCCAGCGAAGAGUCGAUUGCGCAUACAACCUGCCCGCCAGAGAUAAUACGAGCAUCUGCGUUUUCAGUCGCUUCAGAAGAGCGCUCUGCUGAUGACGACGAUGACGAUGCCAUUGAACAAGGGACUGUAUCGGCCGUCGUCGAGUCAACGCUGCAGGGCCGAGUUGGCGAUGCUACGUCAUUAGUGGUAGAGACAACAUCGGACUCAUCGCUGAAGAGACGUGCCAUCGAGGAAGAUACGGUUAUGGACUCUCCGAGCCCGGCCAGCACAUCUUCGGAGAGUAAAGACGACCAGCCGAGUCCUACGGCAUCGCAGGCGUCGUCUGUUGCUCCGUCCUCAUCUACAUCGUCCUAUCUCAGUUCGGAGUUCUCCAAUGUUCGGCUCCUGCCGAAUCACACUUGUUCCUUUUUGCGAACCGGAAGCAGAUUCGAGGGCACCCAAGAGUCGGAUCAUCAGGUCUAUAAUGUACAUGUUGAAAUAAAACACGUUGACAUGGCGGAAUCAUAUCUAUGCGGCUACCUACGCAUACAGGGGCUUACUGAAGAGCAUCCGACUUUGACCACAUUUUUCGAAGGAGAAAUAAUCGGCACGAAGCACACGUUUCAGACCAAGCACGAGCAUUGGGGCGCCAACGAGAAAACCGAUAUGCAACACUGGGCGCGGUUUGAAGCAUGGCGGCCGCUUGCAAAGCAGGCAAAGAAGGCCGAUUUCACGUAUCGGAACUUUGCACAGCGAGAGCAUCUUUUCAUGCGCUGGAAAGAGUAUUUCCUCGUGCCAGAUCACCGAGUCCGCCAAAUCACCGGUGCUAGUUUUGAAGGAUUCUAUUAUAUAUGUUUCAACCAGAUAGAAGGAACUGUCAGCGGGAUAUAUUUCCAUGCAAAAAGCGAGAGAUUUCAAAAACUUGAGCUGACGCAUAUCGAAGACCGUGGGAGUACCCCGGCGAUUGAAUUUCGCUAA